CCUUGCAGCUUUGGCCAGCAACAACGUCACUUAAAGCAAUUCUACAAGUAGAGACGGGACAAGCCGAGAGCUUUGUUCGGAAAGUCUAAUAGAAGCAAUCAAGCAAAGAUGAAGAGUAGCACCCUCAAGGCGAUCCUAGUUCUCCAGGCCGUCCUGGUCAUGGGAAUCCUUGCAGACGUGAACGCCGUGGGGUACUGGCCAAAGUGCUGCGACAACUGCAGGUCCUUCUCGGGAGCCCAGGUCUGCGACGAUCCCAUGACCAAGUGCCACCCGGACUGCGUGAACUGCCGCGUGGUGCAGGAAAAGCCUGCCAAGACGUACCGGUGCGCCGAUGGGAUCGCCGACGACGGCACCUGCGGUCGCAAGCCCUGCAAGCACCACUGAACCAUCGAUCGAGCUCAGACGAGAUGACCCAACGAGAUGCACACCAACAAAAAAUAUGUGCACUGCAAUCGUUGUAUUGUCACCGUGUUUGCUAUUGUCGUACUUUUCUUCGACAAAAUAAAAAUCAGUGCCGAUCGGCUGGUCGGUGCUGCAUGUCCUAGCAUCCAUGAAUAAACACAUCAAUGUAUGCGUCUCUCGCCGGCGCAAACUCGAAUAAUCUUGUGGGGAUUAUUUUUGGCGGGCCCAACAAUGGAAUAAAAACCAGUGCACUUGUGGAAUA